AUGAUCUCUUCCGAGGAUAAAUCAAAUAAUACUAGUCCAGGUAGUAAUACGAGUUCAGAGAGGAGGGACACUUAUAAUAGUAAUAGUGUUUUGGGUAGUUCAAAUUCAACUACUCCAUUGUAUACAAGUAAUAUUUCAUCAAUAUCAAGUGUUGAAAAAAUAGAUCCGAGUAUUCUAUCUAAAAGUGCAAAUCAAAAUGCUAAUAAAUAUUUAGAUUUAAAUUCUACUGCUUUAGGUUCUGUACCUUCAUCAAAUACAAAUAGUCCAAAUGAUUUAUCUGCAUUACAAUCUGCACAAUCAGAUUCAAUCACUCCAGAUCCCUUAUCUAUUGUAUCAAAAUUAUCAAGCACAUCUGUAUCAUCAACUUCUAAAGAUUCUCAUGGGAAUCCCAUCAAGAGAAAAUAUUCAAGAAAUGGAUGCACAGAAUGUAAAAGAAGAAGAAUGAAAUGUGAUGAAACAAAACCAACAUGCUGGCAAUGUUCAAGAUUGAAUCGUCAUUGUGUUUAUGUUUUUAAUCCAAAAAAUAAAAAAAGAAAUAAAGAUUUAUUAGCAACCGCAUUAUCAAGUAAUGAUAAUGAAGAUAAAUUCAAAUUGAAGAAAACAAUUUCAGGUACAACUUCAAUUUCUUCAAUUAAAUCAGAAUCAAAAAAUUCUACAAAUAGUUUAAAUUAUUAUUCUGAUUUAUCAAUCUCUAAUAGUAAAGAAAAUAUUUCAAAUUCAACUGAUAAAACAAACACUAACAAAAUAGAUGAAACUUUAAAUUACAAUGCAAAUUUAUUAAUUCAAAAUUUAAAUGAUAUUGUAAAUAUGAAAUUAAAUGAUUCAAUCACUUUGAAUGAAGGUUUAAAAGAUUUAGAGUCAUUCGAAUUGGACAUCCCUGAAUUACUAAAUGGGGAGAGUCCAUCAAGUUCUAUACCAAUUUCAUUUCAAAUGAAAAACGUAAUUACUUUCAAUACAGAACUAACUGCUUUGAAAUUAGAUAAAAUUCAUGAAAAAUAUUUAAAAAUGUUCUAUUACGAUUGCAUGGACUCCAUAGCACCAUUUUUUCAAGAUCAAUCAAAUCCACUAAGAGAUAUAAUCUUAUCAUUUGCUAAAUCAGAAUCAUAUCUACUAUCUGCUGUAUUAUCUGUAGGGGCUUCAAUUUAUCACAGAAAGACAAAUGAUAUAGAAGACGAAAAAAAUUAUUGUCAAUAUUUAUCUCAUUGUUUGAGAUUUUUAGAUGAACAAUUUCAAACAGAAUCUAAUGUUAUAGAUAAAAUCGAACCGAUCAUCUUAACUGUUAUUCUUCUAGCUUGGGACUGUAUUUACACUAUGAAUUCACAAUGGCGAUCACAUUUAAAAGGUAUCAUUGAUUUGUUUAAGAAAAUAAAUGCUGGAAACUCUUCAAAAAUAAUAAACGUUGCAAAAUCAUGGUUCAAGAUCAUGGAAACCUUUGCAAGUAUUAGUACGAACUUUGGUGGCUCUCUUACCGAUGAAUCUGAUAUCGAUUUAAUUUUUGACCCGUAUGAUUACCAAUAUACUGAUUCAUUGAAAUAUCUAAAUAUUAUGACGCCCGUAAACGAGUUUAAUCUAUUACGUGGGCAUAAAGAAGAUUUUGAUAUUGUAAUAAAAGAAGUAAUAAAAGCUUUGAACAAAAUAAGAGAUUUAAAUUCAAAAAAAAAUGAUAACAAAAAAAUUGUCACUGGCCAAUUGAAUAAUUUACCUAUGUCAUUUCAAAGGACAAUUAUAAGCUCUACAAAUGAGGGAUCAACCGAAGAUGAAGAAACGGUAUCUUAUUUUACAAUUCAAAAAAUAUUAGUUGAAAUUGAUAGACAAUUAGACUAUGAGUUCAUAAGUAAAACUGGUGUUAUCGCAGCAGAUAGUCCAUCGCAUCCAAACAAUAGUGAGAUAAAAGAUAAUGCAAUUGAUACUGUUGUGUUAGCUAAUGGACACGUAAUAGCAGUGAGUUGGUAUGAUAUAUCACACCAGACACAAGUAUUAUCAUUUUUGCUAAUCGUUUUGCUAAAGAUAUUGAAAAUACCAAAAGAAUCCAGCAGUGUUCAAGAGAUCUGUAGAAAAAUCAUGUCAUUCUUUAAAUUUUUAGAGAGUGACGAACCUCCAACAAAUAGAAGAACAUGUUAUUCUAAUUUUGCUGUUCUAUUAGCAGGUCUAAAUACUUUUGAUGAAAACACUAGAACUUUGAUAAGAAAAUACUAUAACUUAAACAUAAAUAGUGGAUUUUCAAGAUUAUCUGAGCAUAGUAUGAAUAGGUUAGAAAAAGUAUGGGCAGGCAACGACCAACACAACUCAAACCAUGAUAUUGUCACUUGGUAA